UUGUGUUCUAAAACAAUGAACAUGAAAAUUUCAAAGGUAUUCUUCGUUGCAAUCGUAUUUGCGUAUAUUGGGAUAUGUACAAUCCAUGCACAAGAUACGGUCACUAGACAAUAUACUGAAGCACCUACUCCAACUCCUACAUGUACACCAUCUGCAGAACCGUGGGAUUGGGAUACCGAAAAGGUAUACAAGAACUGUGAAAACAAGUGUCUACUUUGCUAUGAAUGUGAACAAGUGGUAAGUCCAAUACAAAAGGUAGAUGCAUGUCAACUUCUCAACUAUAUAAUAUGUCAGUAUCAAUUUCCAUACUUUGAGUUUAUCCAAUUUCUAUACAACUUUGGUCCAUCUGAAGCCACACCCACUCCAACACCAUCCUCUUCUAGUUACCAGCGACUGAGUUGGAAGCAAUCCAUUCGCACAUACUUGUCAAGUUCUUAUCCAUCUACUUAUUCUACCAGUCCAUAUGAAGUAAGUAGUGAGGGUUCUAGUGAAAAUGGCUAUAGUACGUCCUCUUCUUGGGGUUAUGGCCAGGGUUAUUAUACCUCACAACCAACUUGUAGCACUGCUCCUCAGGUAAGAAGAGACAUACAAUAGAAUCAUACUCCAGCUUACUAACUAUUGAAUGAAGAUUCCAACCUUUUUCAAAAAGUGUUACUGGGGUUGUUAUGGUUGCCUCAAGGUAUGUUAGACGUCUAUCAGACUUGCUUUAGACAACCAUAUCUCAACUGUGCUUUUAGUGUUUAUU